UCUACGGACAAGGUGUUUUCCGGAUGCCCCAAACAAUCGGAAAGGGGAUUCAUCAGAGAAAAUGACUUUACCCCAGUCCUCAGCAGUCCAAACCCUGUACCUUUUGCAGAAUAUCAGUCUGUCCCCUGAUGUUUUUCCUGGAGAGAAGUGGCUAUUUGUGUCAUUCUCAAAACUUUUGACCACUACACUAAAUCAAGUUGAAUCACUGUAAUAUGACUAGAGAUUAUACACCACACCCUGUAAUAUUCCUAGAGAUUAUACACCACACACUGUAAUAUGACUAGAGAUUAUACACCACACACUGUAAUAUGACUAGAGAUUAUACACCACACACUGUAAUAUGACUAGAGAUUAUACACCACACACUGUAAUAUGACUAGAGAUUAUACACCACACCCUGUAAUAUUCCUAGAGAUUAUACACCACACCCUGUAAUAUGACUAGAGAUUAUACACCACACCCUGUAAUAUGACUAGAGAUUAUACACCACACACUGUAAUAUGACUAGAGAUUAUACACCACACACUGUAAUAUGACUAGAGAUUAUACACCACACACUGUAAUAUGACUAGAGAUUAUACACCACACCCUGUAAUAUGACUAGAGAUUAUACACCACACACUGUAAUAUGACUAGAGAUUAUACACCACACCCUGUAAUAUGACUAGAGAUUAUACACCACACACUGUAAUAUGACUAGAGAUUAUACACCACACCCUGUAAUAUGACUAGAGAUUAUACACCACACCCUGUAAUAUGACUAGAGAUUAUACACCACACACUGUAAUAUGACUAGAGAUUAUACACCAAACACUACACUGUAAUAUGACUAGAGAUUAUACACCACACCCUGUAAUAUGACUAGAGAUUAUACACCACACACUGUAAUAUGACUAGAGAUUAUACACCACACACUGUAAUAUGACUAGAGAUUAUACACCACACCACUGUAAUAUGACUAGAGAUUAUACACCACACACUGUAAUAUGACUAGAGAUUAUACACCACACACUGUAAUAUGACUAGAGAUUAUACACCACACCCUGUAAUAUUCCUAGAGAUUAUACACCACACACUGUAAUAUGACUAGAGAUUAUACACCACACACUGUAAUAUGACUAGAGAUUAUACACCACACACUGUAAUAUGACUAGAGAUUAUACACCACACACUGUAAUAUGACUAGAGAUUAUACACCACACCCUGUAAUAUGACUAGAGAUUAUACACCACACACUGUAAUAUGACUAGAGAUUAUACACCACACCCUGUAAUAUGACUAGAGAUUAUACACCACACACUGUAAUAUGACUAGAGAUUAUACACCACACACUGUAAUAUGACUAGAGAUUAUACACCACACCCUGUAAUAUGACUAGAGAUUAUACACCACACACUGUAAUAUGACUAGAGAUUAUACACCACACACUGUAAUAUGACUAGAGAUUAUACACCACACCCUGUAAUAUGACUAGAGAUUAUACACCAAACACUGUAAUAUGACUAGAGAUUAUACACCACACCCUGUAAUAUGACUAGAGAUUAUACACCACACACUGUAAUAUGACUAGAGAUUAUACACCACACCCUGUAAUAUGACUAGAGAUUAUACACCACACCCUGUAAUAUGACUAGAGAUUAUACACCACACACUGUAAUAUGACUAGAGAUUAUACACCACACACUGUAAUAUGACUAGAGAUUAUACACCACACACUGUAAUAUGACUAGAGAUUAUACACCACACACUGUAAUAUGACUAGAGAUUAUACACCACACACUGUAAUAUGACUAGAGAUUAUACACCACACACUGUAAUAUGACUAGAGAUUAUACACCACACACUGUAAUAUGACUAGAGAUUAUACACCACACCCUGUAAUAUGACUAGAGAUUAUACACCACACCCUGUAAUAUGACUAGAGAUUAUACACCACACCCUGUAAUAUGACUAGAGAUUAUACACCAAACACUACACUGUAAUAUGACUAGAGAUUAUACACCAAACACUACACUGUAAUAUGACUAGAGAUUAUACACCACACCCUGUAAUAUGACUAGAGAUUAUACACCACACCCUGUAAUAUGACUAGAGAUUAUACACCACACCCUGUAAUAUACCUAGAGAUUAUACACCACACCCUGUAAUAUGACUAGAGAUUAUACACCACACCCUGUGAUAUGACUAGAGAUUAUACACCACACACUGUAAUAUGACUAGAGAUUAUACACCACACCCUGUAAUAUGACUAGAGAUUAUACACCACACACUGUAAUAUGACUAGAGAUUAUACACCACACACUGUAAUAUGACUAGAGAUUAUACACCACACCCUGUAAUAUGACUAGAGAUUAUACACCACACACUGUAAUAUGACUAGAGAUUAUACACCACACCCUGUAAUAUGACUAGAGAUUAUACACCACACCCUGUAAUAUGACUAGAGAUUAUACACCACACCCUGUAAUAUGACUAGAGAUUAUACACCACACACUGUAAUAUGACUAGAGAUUAUACACCACACCCUGUAAAAUGACUAGAGAUUAUACACCACACACUGUAAUAUGACUAGAGAUUAUACACCACACACUGUAAUAUGACUAGAGAUUAUACACCACACCCUGUAAUAUGACUAGAGAUUAUACACCACACCCUGUAAUAUGACUAGAGAUUAUACACCACACACUGUAAUAUGACUAGAGAUUAUACACCACACACUGUAAUAUGACUAGAGAUUAUACACCACACACUGUAAUAUGACUAGAGAUUAUACACCACACACUGUAAUAUGACUAGAGAUUAUACACCACACACUGUAAUAUGACUAGAGAUUAUACACCACACCCCACUGUAAUAUGACUAGAGAUUAUACACCACACCCUGUAAUAUGACUAGAGAUUAUACACCACACCCUGUAAUAUGACUAGAGAUUAUACACCACACCCUGUAAUAUGACUAGAGAUUAUACACCACACACUGUAAUAUGACUAGAGAUUAUACACCACACCCUGUAAUAUGACUAGAGAUUAUACACCACACCCUGUAAUAUGACUAGAGAUUAUACACCACACCACUGUAAUAUGACUAGAGAUUAUACACCACACCCUGUAAUAUGACUAGAGAUUAUACACCACACCUGUAAUAUGACUAGAGAUUAUACACCACACACUGUAAUAUGACUAGAGAUUAUACACCACACACUGUAAUAUGACUAGAGAUUAUACACCACACCCUGUAAUAUGACUAGAGAUUUAUACACCAAACACUGUAAUAUGACUAGAGAUUAUACACCACACACUGUAAUAUGACUAUAGAACGACUUAUACACCCACACCCUGUAAUAGACUAGAGAUUAUACACCCACACACUGUAAUAUGGACUAUAGAUUAUACACCACACACUGUAAUAUGACUAGAGAUUAUACACCACACCCGUUGUAAUAUGACUAGAGAUUAUACACCACACACUGUAAUAUGACUAGAGAUUAUACACCACACACUGUAAUAUGACUAGAGAUUAUACACCACACACUGUAAUAUGACUAGAGAUUAUACACCACACACUGUAAUAUGACUAGAGAUGAUACACCACACCCUGUAAUAUGACUAGAGAUUAUACACCACACCCUGUAAUAUGACUAGAGAUUAUUACACCACACCCUGUAAUAGACUAGAGAUUAUACACCAACACUACACUGUUAAUAUGACUAGAGAUAUACACCACACCCUGUAAUAUGACUAGAGAUUAUACACCACACACUGUAAUAUGACUAGAGAUAUACACCACACACUGUAAUAUGACUAGAGAUUAUACACCACACACUGUAAUAGGACUAGAGAUUAUACACCACACACUGUAAUAUGACUAGAGAUUAUACACCACACACUGUAAUAUGACUAGAGAUUAUACACCACACACUGUAAUAUGACUAGAGAUUAUACACCACACCCUGUAAUAUGACUAGAGAUUAUACACCACACCCUGUAAUAUGACUAGAGAUUAUACACCACACCACUGUAAUAUGACUAGAGAUUAUACACCACACACUGUAUAUGACUAGAGAUUAUUACACCACACACUGUAAUAUGAACUAGAGAUUAUACACCACACCCUGUAAUAUGACUAGAGAUUAUUACACCACACCCUGUAAUAUGGACUAGAGAUUAUACACCACACCCUGUAAUAUGACUAGAGAUUAUUACACCACACCCUGUAAUAUGACUAGAGAUUAUACACCACACCCUGUAAUAUGACUAGAGAUUAUACACCACACACUGUAAUAUGACUAGAGAUUAUACACCACACCACUGUAAUAUGACUAGAUAUUAUACACCACACACUGUAAUAUGACAGAGAUUAUACACCACACACUGUAAUAUGACUAGAGAUUAUACACCACACACUGUAAUAUGACUAGAGAUUAUACACCACACCCUGUAAUAUGACUAGAGAUUAUACACCACACCCUGUAAUAUGACUAGAGAUUAUACACCACACACUGUAAUAUGACUAGAGAUUAUACACCACACACUGUAAUAUGACUAGAUAUUAUACACCACACACUUGUAAUAUGACUAGAGAUUAUACACCACACACUGUAAUAUGACUAGAGAUUAUACACCACACACUGUAAUAUGACUAGAAUUAUACACCACACACUGUAAUAUGACUAGAGAUUAUACACCACACCCUGUAAUAUGACUAGAGAUUAUACACCACACCCUGUAAUAUGACUAGAGAUUAUACACCACACCCUGUAAUAUGACUAGAGAUUAUACACCACACCCUGUAAUAUGACUAGAGAUUAUACACCAAACACUACACUGUAAUAUGACUAGAGAUUAUACACCACACCCUGUAAUAUGACUAGAGAUUAUACACCACACCCUGUAAUAUGACUAGAGAUUAUACACCACACCCUGUAAUAUGACUAGAGAUUAUACACCACACCCUGUAAUAUGACUAGAGAUUAUCACACACACACUGUAAUAUGACUAGAGAUUAUACACCACACACUGUAAUAUGACUAGAGAUUAUACACCACACACUGUAAUAUGACUAGAGAUUAUACACCACACCCUGUAAUAUGGACUAGAGAUUAUACACCACACACUGAAUAGGACUAGAGAGUAACACAACCCUUAUUGUCUAGAGAUUAUACACCACACACUGUAAUAUGACUAGAGAUUAUACACCCACACACUGUAAUAUGACUAGGAUUAUUACACCAACCCCUGUAAUAUGACUAGAGAUUAUACACCACACACUGUAAUAAUGACGAGAUUGAUUAUACCACCACACCACUGUACAUAUGACUAGAGAUUAUACACCACACACUGUAAUAUGACUAGAGGAUAUACACCACACACUGUAAUAUGACUAGAGAUUAUACACCACACCCUGUAAUAUGACUAGAGAUUAUACACCACACCCUGUAAUAUGACUAGAGAUUAUACACCACACCCUGUAAUAUGACUAGAGAUUAUACACCACACCCUGUAAUAUGACUAGAGAUUAUACACCACACCCUGUAAUAUGACUAGAGAUUAUACACCACACACUGUAAUAUGACUAGAGAUUAUACACCACACCCUGUAAUAUGACUAGAGAUUAUACACCACACACUGUAAUAUGACUAGAGAUUAUACACCACACACUGUAAUAUGACUAGAGAUUAUACACCACACACUGUAAUAUGACUAGAGAUUAUACACCACACCCUGUAAUAUGACUAGAGAUUAUACACCACACCCUGUAAUAUGACUAGAGAUUAUACACCACACACUGUAAUAUGACUAGAGAUUAUACACCACACACUGUAAUAUGACUAGAUAUUAUACACCACACACUGUAAUAUGACUAGAUAUUAUACACCACACACUGUAAUAUGACUAGAGAUUAUACACCACACACUGUAAUAUGACUAGAUAUUAUACACCACACACUGUAAUAUGACUAGAUAUUAUACACCACACACUGUAAUAUGACUAGAUAUUAUACACCACACACUGUAAUAUGACUAGAGAUUAUACACCACACACUGUAAUAUGACUAGAGAUUAUACACCACACACUGUAAUAUGACUAGAGAUUAUACACCACACCCUGUAAUAUGACUAGAGAUUAUACACCACACACUGUAAUAUGACUAGAGAUUAUACACCACACCCUGUAAAAUGACUAGAGAUUAUACACCACACACUGUAAUAUGACUAGAGAUUAUACACCACACACUGUAAUAUGACUAGAUAUUAUACACCACACACUGUAAUAUGACUAGAGAUUAUACACCACACACUGUUAAUAUGACUAGAUAUUAUACACCACACACUGUAAUAUGACUAGAUAUUAUACACCACACACUGUAAUAUGACUAGAGAUUAUACACCACACACUGUAAUAUGACUAGAGAUUAUACACCACACACUGUAAUAUGACUAGAGAUUAUACACCACACACUGUAAUAUGACUAGAGAUUAUACACCACACCCUGUAAUAUGACUAGAGAUUAUACACCACACACUGUAAUAUGACUAGAGAUUAUACACCACACACUGUAAUAUGACUAGAGAUUAUACACCACACACUGUAAUAUGACUAGAGAUUAUACACCACACACUGUAAUAUGACUAGAGAUUAUACACCAAACACUGUAAUAUGACUAGAGAUUAUACACCACACCCUGUAAUAUGACUAGAGAUUAUACACCACACCCUGUAAUAUGACUAGAGAUUAUACACCACACCCUGUAAUAUGACUAGAGAUUAUACACCAAACACUUGGGGUUUAUCUGUCUGUCCCCCCCCCCCCCCCCUCUUCACCACUCUGUUCUGUACUACUGAUUGGACCUGGAGUGGUUCUCAGUGUCCUGAGGAUGCUUACAGUGAUGUAAUGUGUUGAAAUGAUGCUGUGUGUGUGUGUGUGUGUGUGUGUGUGUGUGUGUGUGUGUGUGUGUGUGUGUGUGUGUGUGUGUCUCUAACCCAUCAUUAGGGCACCAGGGUUUUAGCAGCGUCAUAUGAUAAAUCAGCUCUGUUCUGGCGGCUGGAUGACUCUGUUCCCAAGGUAACCAAGCGACCAGGCUGAUACACACAGUUACACACACACACACACACACACACACACAGUUACACACACACACACACACACACACACAUUUACACACACAUAUAUAUUGUGGAGCUGGAUAGGGUCUGUUCAGGGUGUCUGUGUAAUGAAGACAGAGCAGUGUAGUGUAAUCUGUACCAAUGACAAGAUCCCUUUUACUCCCCGGUGUUGGUUGACUUAAUAACGAUAGGAACGUUUGUUAUGAAACUGUUUCCAGAGUAUUUGCAAUAUUUUGAAGCAAAAGGAUGAUUAAAAGAUUGUGGAUGGAGAACAGGGUUAAUAGUACAUUUUUAUAUGACCUCUGUUUAGAGAGAUUGGAGAGAUAGUGAUGAGUGUAAAAAUAUAAAUACUCUUGUUUAGAAUGAUGACCCAGCUGAGGAAAACGGUGUGUGUGUGUGUGUGUGUGUGUGGUGUGUGUGUGGUGUGUGGUGUGUGGUGUGUGGUGUGUGGUGUGUGGUGGUGUGUGUGUGGUGUGUGUGUGUGUGUGUGUGUGUGUGUGUGUGUGUGUGUGUCUGUGUGUGUGUCUGUGUGUGUGUCUGUGUGUCUGUGUGUUGUGUGUGUUGUGUGUGUUGUGUGUGUUGUGUGUGUGUGUGUGUGUGGUGUGUGUGUGUGUGUGUGUGUGUGUGUGUGGCUACUCCACAGAUCACUCUGACCGGCCACUCGCGUAAAGUGACAGCAGCCAAGUUUAAAUGCAGCCUGCGGCAGGUGGUGACAGGAAGUGCAGACAGGACCGUGAAGAUCUGGGAUCUCCACCGCGCUGCUUGUAAGUUAUUGACUGACCUUACUCUAACCCUGACCCCUGACCCUACAGUGACCCCUGGCCGUAAUCCUUCAGAGAAAUGGACAAAUAGGUUCUAUCGCUCUCCCCCCCAGGUAUCCAGACCAUUGAGGUUCUAUCUCUCUCCCCAACCCUCCCCCCCAGGUAUCCAGACCAUUGAGGUUCUAUCUUACUGCAGUGAUGUGGUGUGUUCUGACCACGUCAUCAUCAGUGGACACUAUGACAGGAAGAUACGCUUCUGGGACAGCAGGUAGGAAUAUUCCCAUAUAGCUGUAACCCUAACCAUAUAUACUGACCAGUAGCAUUACAGCGCUACUCUGUACUGACCAGUAGCAUUACAGCGCUACUCUGUACUGACCAGUAGCAUUACAGUGCUACUCUGUACUGACCAGUAGCAUUACAGCGCUACUCUGUACUGACCAGUAGCAUUACAGCGCUACUCUACUGACCAGUAGCAUUACAGCGCUACUCUACUGACCAGUAGCAUUACAGUGCUACUCUGUACUGACCAGUAGCAUUACAGCGCUACUCUACUGACCAGUAGCAUUACAGCGCUACUCUGUACUGACCAGUAGCAUUACAGCGCUACUCUGUACUGACCAGUAGCAUUACAGCGCUACUCUGUACUGACCAGUAGCAUUACAGCGCUACUCUGUACUGACCAGUAGCAUUACAGCGCUACUCUCUACUGACCAGUAGCAUUACAGCGCUACUCUGUACUGACCAGUAGCAUUACAGCGCUACUCUGUACUGACCAGUAGCAUUACAGCGCUACUCUGUACUGACCAGUAGCAUUACAGCGCUACUCUGGACUGACCAGUAGCAUUACAGCGCUACUCUGUACUGACCAGUAGCAUUACAGUGCUACUCUGUACUGACCAGUAGCAUUACAGCGCUACUCUGUACUGACCAGUAGCAUUACAGCGCUACUCUGGACUGACCAGUAGCAUUACAGCGCUACUCUGUACUGACCAGUAGCAUUACAGCGCUACUCUACUGACCAGUAGCAUUACAGCGCUACUCUACUGACCAGUAGCAUUACAGCGCUACUCUGUACUGACCAGUAGCAAUACAGCGCUACUCUCUACUGACCAGUAGCAAUACAGCGCUACUCUCUACUGACCAGUAGCAUUACAGCGCUACUCUCUACUGACCAGUAGCAUUACAGCGCUACUCUACUGACCAGUAGCAUUACAGCGCUACUCUGUACUGACCAGUAGCAUUACAGCGCUACUCUCUACUGACCAGUAGCAUUACAGCGCUACUCUGUACUGACCAGUAGCAUUACAGCGCUACUCUGGACUGACCAGUAGCAUUACAGCGCUACUCUACUGACCAGUAGCAUUACAGCGCUACUCUGUACUGACCAGUAGCAUUACAGCGCUACUCUGUACUGACCAGUAGCAUUACAGCGCUACUCUGUACUGACCAGUAGCAUUACAGCGCUACUCUGGACUGACCAGUAGCAUUACAGCGCUACUCUACUGACCAGUAGCAUUACCAGAGUACUCUGUACUGACCAGUAGCAUUACAGCGCUACUCUGUACUGACCAGUAGCAUUCACAGCGCUACUCUGUACUGACCAGUAGCAUUACAAGCGCUACUCUGUACUGACCAGUAGCAUUACAGCGCUACUCUGUACUGACCAGUAGCAUUACAGCGCUACUCUGUACUGACCAGUAGCAUUACAGCGCUACUCUGUACUCUGCCAGUAUGUUAUUUUUUAUCUUGCACUAAGUUGUCUGUGACUGUUGAGUCUUUGAGGUCUGAAGCGUCUAGCUCUUAAAGACUGAACCUGUCUGCUUUCAUUCUGAGAUGGCUCAGUGAAAUCGGAAUAAUGACCUCAGAAUUUGCCAGAAGAGAUCUACCUCAAUUCCCCGUUUUUUUUCCCCCAAAAACCCCCAACCCCUGACUACAAAGUCUGUCUCUCCCCCAACCCCCCCUUUUUUUCCCCCCUAAAAACCCCCCUGACUCAUUCUGUUUUCUCCCCUAACCCCUAACCCUGACUACAUUCGGGCUCUCCCCAAACCCCCAACCCCCGACCAAUGUCCCCGUCCCCCUCCCCCAACCCCUAACCCCAACCCCCGACUAAAAUUUUUCUCUCUCCCCUAACCCCGACUACAUUCUGUUUUCCUCCCCUAACCCCCCAACCCCGGGCCACAAAGUCUGUUUUUUUUUUUCCCCCUUUUUCUCCCCUAACCCAACCCUGACCCACAUUCCCGUCCCCUCCCCUAAACCCGGCUAAUUCGGGCUCCCCCCUAACCCCUAAACCCCCAAACCCCACUACAAAAGUCCCGCUCCCCCCUAAACCCCAACCCCCGACUUUCAAAGUCGUUCCCCUUUUCCCCCCAACCCCUAAACCCCGGGCUACAUGUCUUUCUCCCCCCCUUUAAACCCCAACCCUGACUACUUCUUUUUUCCCCCCCCCCCUUUUCCCCCCCUAACCUCUAAAACCCCCAACCCCGACUACUUCCCGUUUUUCUCCCCAACCCCUAACCCUGACUACAGGGCUGUCUCUCCCCCAACCCCUAACCCUGAAAAUACAUUUCUGUCCCUCCCCCCUAACCCCUAACCCCUAACCCCGACUACAUGUCUUCCCCUCCCCUAACCCCACUAAAAAUGUCUGUUUUUCUUCCCCCAACCCCCAAAACCCCGACCUACAUGUCCUGUUUUCUUUUCCCCCCAACCCCCCAAACCCCGGAAAUCAUGUCUGGUCCCCUCCCCCAACCCUGACUCCUGUCUGUUUUCCCCCCCCCUAACCCUAACCCCUAACCCCACUACAUUUUUGUCUCUCCCCUAACCCCUAACCCCAUACAUGGCCCGUUUUCCUCCCCUAACCCCCCAACCCCCACUACUGUUUUUGUCCCCUCCCCAACCCCUAACCCUGACUACAAAGUUUUUGUUUUUUCUCCCCUAACCCCCCACCCCUAACCCCGACUACAUGUCUGUCCUUUUUCCCCCCAAAAACCCCCAAACCCCCACUACUGUCUGUCCCCUCCCCUAACCCCCAACCCCCCACUACAUGUCUUGUCUCUCCCCUAAAACCCCGAAAUACAUGGGCCGGGCCCCCUCCCCUACCCCCCAACCCCUACUAAUGUCUGUCCCCCCCCCCCUAACCCCCAAACCCCCAACCCUGCUAAAAGUCUGUUUUUCUCCCCUAACCCCCAACCCCGACACUGUCCCGGGCCCCUCCCCCCAACCCCAAACCCCCAACCCCCCGACUACCCUUUUGUCUCCCCUAAACCCCCAACCCCUAACCCUGACACAUGUUUUUUUCCCCCCCCCCCCCCCCCUUUGUUCCCCCCCCCCCCCCCCCCCCCCCCCCCCCUCUCCCCUAAAACCCCCAAACCCUACCCACAUGUCCCGUUUUCUCCCCUAACCCCUAACCCUGACUACAUGUCGUUCCCCCUCCCCUAAAAACCCCCAACCCUGACACAUGUCUGUCCCCCCCUUUCCCCAAAAACCCCCAACCCUGACUACAUGUCUGUUUUUCCCCCCCUAACCCCUAACCCUGACUACAUGCUGUCCUCCCCUCCCCUAACCCCCGACUACAUGUCCCCGUCCCUCCCCCUAACCCCUAACCCUGACUUUCAUGUCUGUCUCCCCCCCCCUCCCCCAAACCCCGACUAAAAGUUUUGUCUCUCCCCAACCCCCCCCCCUGACUACAUGUUUUUUCUCUCCCCUAAAAACCCCCAAACCCCCAACCCUGCCUACAUUCUGUCUCUCCCCUAACCCCAACCCCGACUACAUGUCUGUUUUCCCCCCCCCUAACCCCUAAACCCCCGACUACAUGUUCCCGUCUCUCCCCUAACCCCCCAAAACCCCGACUACCUUUCUGUCUCUCCCCUAACCCUAACCCCCUGGGUACAAUUGGGCCCCUUUCUCCCCUAACCCCUAACCCCCCGAUACAUGUCUGUUUUCUUCUUUUUCCCCCCAACCCCUAACCCCCCCCCUAACCCUGACUACAUGUCUGUCUCUCCCCUAACCCUGACUACAUGUCUGUCUCUCCCCUAACCCCUAACCCCUAACCCUGACUACAUGUCUGUCUCUCCCCUAACCCCUAACCCUGACUACAUGUCUGUCUCUCCCCUAACCCCUAACCCUGACUACAUGUCUGUCUCUCCCCUAACCCCUAAACCCUAACCCUGACUACAUGUCUGUCUCUCCCCUAACCCCUAACCCUGACUACAUGUCUGUCUCUCCCCUAACCCCUACCCUUGACAUACAUGUCUGUCUCUCUCUCCCUAACCCCAUAACCCCUAACCCUGACUACAUGUCUGUCUCUCCUCUAACCCCUAACCCUGACUACAUGUCUGUUUCUCUCCUAACCUCUCACCCCUAACCCUGAUAGACAGUGUCACCAGCAAAGCACCCCCACACCAUAACACCUCCUCCUCCAUGCUUUACGGUGGGAACUACACAUGCGGAGAUCAUCCGUUCACCCACACCGCGUCUCACAAAGACACAGUGGUUGGAACCAAAAAUCUCAAAUUUGGACUCCAGACCAAAGGACACAUUUCCACCUGUCUAAUGUCCAUUGCUCGUGUUUCUUGCACCAAGCAGGUCUCUUCUUCUUAUUGGUGUCAUUUAGUAGUGGUUUCUUUGCAGCAAUUCGACAAUGAAGGCCUGAUUCACACAGUCCCCUCUGAACAGUUGAUGUUGAGAUGUGUCUGUGACUUGAACUUUGUGAAGCAUUUAUUUGGGCUGCAAUUUCUGAGGCCGUUAACUGUAAAAAUCAUCUAUCCUCGGUUGCAACACUCACUACCGAGUUCCAAACUGCCUCUGGAAGCAACGUCAGCACAAUAAGAUCACCAAUGCCAAGCGUUGGCUGGAGUGAUGUGAAGCUCGCCGCAAUUUGACUUUUUGGAGCAGUGGAAAUGCGUUCUCUGGAGUGAUGAGUCACGCUUCACCAUCUGGCAGUCCGACGGACGAAUCUGGGUUUGGCGGAUGCCAAGAGAACGCUACCUGCCCGAAUGCAUAGUGCCAACUGUAAAGUUUGGUGGAGGAGGAAUGAGGCUGUUUUUCAUGGUUCGAGCUAGGCCCCUUAGUUCCAGUGAAGGGAAAUCUUAAUGCUACAGCAUACAAUGAAAUUCUAGACGAUUCUGUGCUUCCAACUUUGUGGCAACAGUUUGGGGAAGGCCCUUUCCUGUUUCAGCAUGACAAUGCCCGCAUGCACAAAGCGAGGUCCAUAUAGAAAUGGUUUGUCGAGAUCGAUGUGGAAGAACUUGACUGGCCUGCACAGAGCCCUGACCUCAACCCCAUCGAACACCUUUGGGAUGAAUUGGAAUGCCGACUGCGAGCCAGGCCUAAUCGCCCAACCUCACUAAUGCUCUUGUGGCUGAAUGGCAGCAAGUCCCCGCAGCAAUGUUCCAACAUCUAUUGAAAAGCCUUCCCAGAAGAGUGGAGGCUGUUAUAGCAGCGAAGGGAGUACCGACUCCAUAUUAACGCCAUUGAUUCUGGAAUGAGAUGUUCGACGAGCAUGUGUCAACAUACCUUUGGUCAUGUAGUGUAUAGGGUCAGGGUUAGUUAAUGGUAGCUAUAGGGUUAGGGUUAGCUAACGUUAGAUAUAGAGUUUUGCUAACGUUAGAUAUAGGGUUAGCUAACGUUAGAUAUAGGGUUAGCUAACGUUAGAUAUAGGGUUAGCUAACGUUAGAUAUAGGGUUAGCUAACGUUAGAUAUAGGGUUAGCUAACGUUAGAUAUAGGGUUAGCUAACGGUAGCUAUAGGGUUAGGGUUAGCUAACGUUAGAUAUAGGGUUAGCUAACGGUAGAUAUAGGGUUAGCUAACGGUAGCUAUAGGGUUAGCUAACGGUAGUUAUAGGGUUAGCUAACGGUAGCUAUAGGGUUAGCUAACGGUAGCUAUAGGGUUAGCUAACGGUAGCUAUAGGGUUAGCUAACGGUAGCUAUAGGGUUAGCUAACUGUAGCUAUAGGGUUAGGGUUAGCUAACGUUAGAUAUAGGGUUAGGGUUAGAUAUAGGGUUAGGGUUAGAUAUAGGGUUAGGGUUAGAUAUAGGGUUAGCUAACGGUAGAUAUAGCCUCUUCUGUUUGGUAUCAGCUGGGCUAACUGACGUUCUGUUAACACCUUCACAGUAAUGUGGUUAAUUGAUACCCCAGCCAGUUAUAUUUAUUAAUCCGUCCUGAUAUAGUUGUAAUGGCAUUGUCCAAACUAAUUAGCAUUACAUGUGUUAUGUUUUGAGCUAUUAUUAUGGUCAUUAUGUUCAGUGUCUUACUUUUUCAACAGUACAGUAGAUCAGCUUGUAUAGCUGACAGAUGACGUGAUCACCACAGAACAUACUGGCAAUAUGAUCCUGUUCAGCUCUCCUCUCUCUGAUCUACCAUUUAAUACAUUAUCUCUACUUGCUUCUCUCUACAUUACCACGGACAUUAUAUUGUCUCUACAUUACUAUGUGCAUGUUCUCUAUUCCCUGCUGUGUUCUUCUGUGUGUUGGAGAUGAUGGUGGUGGUUGUUAGCUCUAAGCAGCAGAAGAGCCCCCCUCUCUCUCUCUCUCUCUCUCUCUCUCUCUCUCUCUCUCUCUCUCUCUCUCUCUCUCUCUCUCUCUCUCUCUCUCUCUCUCGACAUCUCUCCUUCACUCCCCUGCUAGCCCUCAACUGCAGCCUCUCAUGUUCCGCUGUCGCUUAGCAACAGUCAACCCACAUAAUAGUCUCUCUCAACAUCCCCCCCGACCCCCUUCUGUUUUGGGGUUGUCCCUGAUAUGACAUUGGGGAAAUUUGCUGCGCAACAAUAUUUGGUGUUUUAAUUCUAUAUUAUUUAGUUUCAGCAUGUAGAUAGUGAAUCACUACAGCCCAACAGACCUGCAGGGUAUAACCCUAACCUUACACCCUAAUAACAGACCUGCAGGGUAUAACCCUAACCUUACACCCUAAUAACAGACCUGCAGGGGUAUAACCCUAACCUUACACCCUAAUAACAGACCUGCAGGGUAUAACCCUAACCUUACACCCUAAUAACAGACCUGCAGGGUAUAACCCUAACCUUACACCCUAAUAACAGACCCUGCAGGGUAAACCCUAACCUUACACCCUAUAACAGACCUGCAGGGUAUAACCCUAACCAUACACCCUAUAACCGACAUGCAGGGUAUAACCCUAACCUUACACCCUAAUAACAGACCUGCAGGGUAUAACCCUAACCUUACACCCUAAUAACAGACCUGCAGGGUAUAACCCUAACCUUACACCCUAAUAACAGACCUGCAGGGUAUAACCCUAACCUUACACCCUAAUAACAGACCUGCAGGGUAUAACCCUAACCUUACCCACCCUAAUAACAGACCUGCAGGGUAUAACCCUAACCUUACACCCUAAUAACAGACCUGCAGGGUAUAACCCUAACCUUACACCCUAAUAACAGACCUGCAGGGUAUAACCCUAACCUUACACCCUAAUAACAGACCUGCAGGGUAUAACCCUAACCUUACCCCUAAUAACAGACCUGCAGGGUAUAACCCUAACCUUACACCCUAAUAACAGACCUGCAGGGUAUAACCCUAACCUUACACCCUAAUAACAGACCUGCAGGGUAUAACCCUAACCUUACACCCUAAUAACAGACCUGCAGGGUAUAACCCUAACCUUACACCCUAAUAACCAGACCUGCAGGGUAUAACCCUAACCUUACACCCUAAUAACAGACCUGCAGGGUAUAACCCUAACCUUACACCCUAAUAACAGACCUGCAGGGUAACCCUAACCUUACACCCUAAUAACAGACCUGCAGGGUAUAAACCUAACCUUACACCCUAAUAACAGACCUGCAGGGUAUAACCCUAACCUUACACCCUAAUAACAGACCUGCAGGGUAUAACCCUAACCUUACACCCUAAUAACAGACCUGCAGGGUAUAACCCUAACCUUACACCCUAAUAACAGACCUGCAGGGUAUAACCCUAACCUUACACCCUAAUAACGACCUGCAGGGUAUAACCCUAACCUUACACCCUAAUAACAGACCUGCAGGGUAUAACCCUAACCUUACACCCUAAUAACAGACCUGCAGGGUAUAACCCUAACCUUACACCCUAAUAACAGACCUGCAGGGUAUAACCCUAACCUUACACCCUAAUAACAGACCUGCAGGGUAUAACCCUAACCUUACACCCUAAUAACCGACCUGCAGGGUAUAACCCUAACCUUACACCCUAAUAACAGACCUGCAGGGUAUAACCCUAACCUUACACCCUAAUAACAGACCUGCAGGGUAUAACCCUAACCUUACACCCUAAUAACAGACCUGCAGGGUAUAACCCUAACUACACCUAAUAACAGACCUGCAGGGGUAAUACCCUAACCUUCACCAUAAUAACCAGACCUGCAGGGUAUAACCCUAACCUUACACCCUAAUAACAGACUGCAGGGUAUAACCCUAACCUUACACCCCUUUUAAUAACAGACCUGCAGGGUAAAACCCUAACCUUACACCCCAAUAACAGACCUGCGGGGUAUAACCCAACCUACGCCCUAAUAACAGACCUGCAGGGUAUAACCCUAACCUUACACCCUAAUAACAGACCUGCAGGGUAUAACCUAACCUUACACCCUAAUAACAGACCUGCAGGGUAUAACCUAACCUCACACCCUAAUAACAGACCUGCAGGGUAUAACCCUAACCUUACACCCUAAUAAAGACCUGCAGGGGUAUAACCUAGCCUUACACCCUAAUAUACAGAACCUGCAUGGUAUGGAACCCUAAAUCCUUACACCUAAUAACAGACCUGCAUGGUAUAACCCUAACCUUACACCCUAAUAACAGACCUGCAGGGUAUAACCCUAACCUUACACCCUAAUAACAGACCUGCAGGGUAUAACCCUAACCUCACACCCUAAUAACAGACCUGCAGGGUAUAACCCUAACCUUACACCCUAAUAACCCUAUAACCGACAUGCAGGGGGAUUUCUGUUUCUCCCUCAGUAGAACCUGCUACUCUUUAAUAAUUCAAACAUUUAAUAACUCUGUAGUUUACAGGUCUAUGAUGUUGAUAAAUCUUUUCACUAUUGUAUUACAGUUAGCGACCUGCUACGGUACAGUACAGUAAGGGACAUUCUACUAGACCAUGUUGAGCUGUGACUCACUGCCUCUCUCCCCUCCCUCCCCUCUCUCCCCUCUCUCCCCUCUCUCCCCUCCCUCCCCUCCUCCUCUCUCCCCUCCCCUCCCCCCAGGGCUGCCAGCUGUACGCAGGAGGUUCCUCUCCAGGGGAAGGUAACGUCUCUGGACAUCUCUACUGACCACCGCCAGCUCCUCAGCUGCUCCAGAGACGAGAGUCUGCAGGUGGUCGACCUCCGCAUGAACAACUCCAGGGUCUGCUUCAGGUAGCCGGACCAGCGCAGCGUGGUGCUGUAAUAAUGGACUGUAAUACUCAGUGUUGAUCCUAGCCCAGUGGGCCGGCAGGUGGCGAUAUUGAUCUGGUAUUGAUGGUUCCAUCUUACCGUCCAAACGCAUUGUAUGCAGCUGGCAAUAUACUGGUGUCCCCCGUGGACCAGUUCGUACCCAAAACAUGAUCCAUUCAGGCUGCAAAGGCGUCAAUUUCCUCCUUAACUAGAUUUAAUGGCGAGAAGGUGGAAAAUAACUGGGGAAAUAUGCGUACUUUAUUUACGAAACACCAUUUUCCAACACCAUGCUAAAUACAACUUCCUAAUGUUACGCCCUGCGUUCAGACGGGUAAACUGUCUGACUGCUGCAUCCUGAUUGGCUGCAAGCAAUACGCAACAUCCGGGACUAGCAUUCCUAGGUAUUAGCCACUUUAGCAUGGUGUUGGAAAAUGGUGUUUCGUAAAUAAAGUACGCAUAUUUCCCCAGUUAUUUUCCACCUUCUCGCCAUUAAAUCUAGUUAAGGAGGAAAUUGACGCCUUUGCACCCUGAAUGGAUAAUGUUUUAGGUACGAACUGGUCCACGGGGGACACCAGUGUAUUGCCAGCUGCAUACAAUGCGUUUGGACGGUAAGAUGGAAACGACUCAAUAUCGCCAUCUGCCGGCCUUUGGCCUAUGUUGGUCCCUUCCUUUCAGGAUCCAUUUGCUCUCCUCCACUAUAGAGCUAACCCUGGUCUGUCCCCUGACGUGGCUCUCCUCCACUAUAGAGCUAACCCUGGUCUGUCCCUGACGUGGCUCUCCUCCACUAUAGAGCUAACCCUGGUCUGUCCCUGACGUGGCUCCCUCCACUAUAGAGCUAACCCUGGGUCUGUCCCCUGACGUGGCUCUCCUCCACUAUAGAGCUAACCCUGGUCUGUUCCCUUAGAGCUAACCCUGGUCUGUCCCCUGACUUGGCUCUCCUUACACUAUAGCGCUAACCUGGUCUGUCCCUGCGUGGCUCUCCUACACUAUGGCUUAACCCUGGUCUGUCCCGACGUGUUGCUCUCCUCCACUAUAAGCUAACCCUGUCUGUCCCUGACUGGCUCUCCUCCACUAAGAGCUAACCUGGUCUGGUCCCUGACGUGGCUCUCCGCCACUAUAGAGCCUAACUCCUGGUUCUGUCCCCUGACGUGGCUCUCCUCCACUAUAGAGCUAACCCUGGUCUGUCCCUGACGUGGCUUUCUCCUCCACUAUAGACUAACCCUGGUCCUGCCCUACUGGCGCUCCGCCACUAAUAGAGCUAACCCGGUCUGUCCCGGACGUGCGCUCAUCCACAUAGAGCUAACCCUGGUCUGUCCCCUGACGUGGCUCUCCUCCACUAUAGAGCUAACCCUGGUCUGUCCCCUGACGUGGGCUCUCCUCCACUAUAGAGCUAACCCUGGUCUGUCCCUGACGUGGCUCUCCUCCACUAUAGAGCUAACCCUGGUCUGUCCCUGACGUGGCUCUCCUCCACUAUAGAGCUAACCCUGGUCUGUCCCUGACGUGGCUGCUCCUCCACUAUAGAGCUAACCCUGGUCUGUCCCAUGACGUGGCUCUCCUCCACUAUAGAGCUAACCCUGGUCUGUCCCAUGACGUGGCUCUCCUCCCUAUAGAGCUAACCCUGGUCUGUCCCCUGACGUGGGCUCUCCUCCACUAUAGAGCUAACCCUGGUCUGUCCCUGACGUGGCUCUCCUCCACUAUAGAGCUAACCCUGGUCUGUCCCUGACGUGGCUCUCCUCCACUAUAGAGCUAACCCUGGUCUGUCCCUGACGUGGCUCUCCUCCACUAUAGAGCUAACCCUGGUCUGUCCCUGACGUGGCUCUCCUCCAACUAUAGAGCUAACCCUGGUCUGUCCCUGACGUGGCUCUCCUCAUAUAGAGCUAACCCUGGUCUGUCCCCUGACGUGGCUCUCAUCCACUAUAGAGCAACCCUGGUCUGUCCCUGACGUGGCUCUCCUCCACUAUAGAGCUAACCCUGGUCUGUCCCUGACGUGGCUCUCCUCCACUAUAGAGCUAACCCUGGUCUGUCCCUGACGUGGCUCUCCUCCACUAUAGAGCUAACCCUGGUCUGUCCCUGACGUGGCUCUCCUCCACUAUAGAGCUAACCCUGGUCUGUCCCUGACGUGGCUCUCCUCCACUAUAGAGCUAACCCUGGUCUGUCCCUGACGUGGCUCUCCUCCACUAUAGAGCUAACCCUGGUCUGUCCCUGACGUGGCUCUCCUCCACUAUAGAGCUAACCCUGGUCUGUCCCUGACGUGGCUCUCCUCCACUAUAGAGCUAACCCUGGUCUGUCCCUGACGUGGCUCUCCUCCACUAUAGAGCUAACCCUGGUCUGUCCCUGACGUGGCUCUCCUCCACUAUAGAGCUAACCCUGGUCUGUCCCCUGACGUGGCUCUCCUCCACUAUAGAGCUAACCCUGGUCUGUCCCUGACGUGGCUCUCCUCCACUAUAGAGCUAACCCUGGUCUGUCCCUGACGUGGCUCUCCUCCACUAUAGAGCUAACCCUGGUCUGUCCCUGACGUGGCUCUCCUCCACUAUAGAGCUAACCCUGGUCUGUCCCCUGACGUGGCUCUCCUCCACUAUAGAGCUAACCCUGGUCUGUCCCUGACGUGGCUCUCCUCCACUAUAGAGCUAACCCUGGUCCUGACGUGGCUCUCCUCCACUAUAGAGCUAACCCUGGUCUGUCCCCUGACGUGGCUCUCCUCCACUAUAGAGCUAACCCUGGUCUGUCCCCUGACGUGGCUCUCCUCCACUAUAGAGCUAACCCUGGUCUGUCCCUGACGUGGCUCUCCUCCACUAUAGAGCUAACCCUGGUCUGUCCCUGACGUGGCUCUCCUCCACUAUAGAGCUAACCCUGGUCUGUCCCUGACGUGGCUCUCCUCCACUAUAGAGCUAACCCUGGUCUGUCCCUGACGUGGCUCUCCUCCACUAUAGAGCUAACCCUGGUCUGUCCCUGACGUGGCUCUCCUCCACUAUAGAGCUAACCCUGGUCUGUCCCUGACGUGGCUCUCCUCCCACUAUAGAGCUAACCUGGUCUGUCCCCUGACGUGGCUCUCCUCCACUAUAGAGCUAACCCUGGUCUGUCCCUGACGUGGCUCUCCUCCACUAUAGAGCUAACCCUGGUCUGUCCCCUGACGUGGCUCUCCUCCACUAUAGAGCUAACCCUGUGUGUUAAUGUGUCUGAUAAUUGUCCUUUGUCUCUCAUUUCAGAGCUGAGGGCUUCAAAUGUGGCUGUGACAGCACCAAGGCUAUAUUUAGGUGAGCAUUUACACUAACUCUAUAUAUACCAUGUUAAUGAUUGUGUAGGAUGGUACAGGGGCCUGGGCUUCAACACAGUCUGUAGGAUGGUACAGGGGCCUGGGGUUCAACACAGUCUGUAGGAUGGUACAGGGGCCUGGGCUUCAACACAGUCUGUAGGAUGGUACAGGGGCCUGGGGUUCAACACAGUCUGUAGGAUGGUACAGGGGCCUGGGGUUCAACACAGUCUGUAGGAUGGUACAGGGCCCUGGGGUUCAACACAGUCUGUAGGAUGGUACAGGGGCCUGGGGUUCAACACAGUCUGUAGGAUGGUACAGGGGCCUGGGCUUCAACACAGUCUGUAGGAUGGUACAGGGGCCUGGGGUUCAACACAGUCUGUAGGAUGGUACAGGGGCCUGGGAUUCAACACAGUCUGUAGGAUGGUACAGGGGCCUGGGCUACAACACAGUCUGUAGGAUGGUACAGGGGCCUGGGGUUCAACACAGUCUGUAGGAUGGUACAGGGGCCUGGGCUACAACACAGUCUGUAGGAUGGUACAGGGGCCUGGGGUUCAACACAGUCUGUAGGAUGGUACAGGGGCCUGGGAUUCAACACAGUCUGUAGGAUGGUACAGGGGCCUGGGAUUCAACACAGUAUGUAGGAUGGUACAGGGGCCUGGGAUUCAACACAGUCUGUAGGAUGGUACAGGGGCCUGGGGUACAACACAGUCUGUAGGAUGGUACAGGGGCCUGGGGUUCAACACAGUCUGUAGGAUGGUACUGGGGCCUGGGGUUCAACACAGUCUGUAGGAUGGUACUGGGGCCUGGGGUUCAACACAGUCUGUAGGAUGGUACAGGGGCCUGGGGUACAACACAGUCUGUAGGAUGGUACAGGGGCCUGGGGUUCAACACAGUCUGUAGGAUGGUACAGGGGCCUGGGGUUCAACACAGUCUGUAGGAUGGUACAGGGGCCUGGGGUUCAACACAGUCUGUAGGAUGGUACAGGGGCCUGGGCUUCAACACAGUCUGUAGGAUGGUACAGGGGCCUGGGGUUCAACACAGUCUGUAGGAUGGUACAGGGGCCUGGGGUUCAACACAGUCUGUAGGAUGGUACAGGGGCCUGGGGUACAACACAGUCUGUAGGAUGGUACAGGGGCCUGGGGUUCAACACAGUCUGUAGGAUGGUACAGGGCCCUGGGGUUCAACACAGUCUGUAGGAUGGUACAGGGGCCUGGGGUUCAACACAGUCUGUAGGAUGGUACAGGGGCCUGGGGUUCAACACAGUCUGUAGGAUGGUACAGGGGCCUGGAGUUCAACACAGUCUGUAGGAUGGUACAGGGGCCUGGGGUUCAACACAGUCUGUAGGAUGGUACAGGGCCCUGGGGUUCAACACAGUCUGUAGGAUGGUACAGGGGCCUGGGGUUCAACACAGUCUGUAGGAUGGUACAGGGCCCUGGGGUUCAACACAGUCUGUAGGAUGGUACAGGGGCCUGGAGUUCAACACAGUCUGUAGGAUGGUACAGGGGCCUGGGGUUCAACACAGUCUGUAGGAUGGUACAGGGGCCUGGGGUUCAACACAGUCUGUAGGAUUGUACAGGGAUAUAAUACUGCUUAAUGAAUGUGUAUGAGGGUUAGGGAGGGCACAGGACCCCAGGGGGUAUAAGACGGUCUACAACAUGCUUCAUUUGCCAGCUGAGGUUUUAUAAUGUCCUAGGGGAGUGUAACAGUCACUCCUUAUUUCAUUGUCUCUCUCCAAGGUCAGCUGGCUACAGAUAUCAAUAGCACCAUGCCAGACCCAACCCAGCCUCCUUAUCUAGAGACUGAUAGAUAUAAAUAAUGCAUCCAAAUAUUCAUGUGAUUCUAACGGCCAUACCUGAUAGAUCCACAUCUUUUAAUAACACACAGAAGCCAUAGUGUGUAUAUAUUUGAGUAAGUAGCACAUUAUUUGCUGGCUGCCUCCUCACCCAUGAAGUGACUUGUAUUCUGUUGAAGCUGGCUGCCUCCUCACCCAUGAAGUGACUUGUAUUCUGUUGAAGCUGGCUGCCUCCUCACCCAUGAAGUGACUUGUAUUCUGUUGAAGCUGGCUGCCUCCUCACCCAUGAAGUGACUUGUAUUCUGUUGAAGCUGGCUGCCUCCUCACCCAUGAAAUGACUUGUAUUCUGUUGAAGCUGGCUGCCUCCUCACCCAUGAAAUGACUUGUAUUCUGUUGAAGCUGGCUCCCUCCUCACCCAUGAAGUGACUUGUAUUCUGUUGAAGCUGGCUGCCUCCUCACCCAUGAAAUGACUUGUAUUCUGUUGAAGCUGGCUGGCUCCUCACCCAUGAAGUUACUUGUAUUUUGUUGAAGCUGGCUGCCUCCUCACCCAUGAAAUGACUUGUAUUCUGUUGAAGCUGGCUGCCUCCUCACCCAUGAAAUGACUUGUAUUCUGUUGAAGCUGGCUGCCUCCUCACCCAUGAAAUGACUUGUAUUCUGUUGAAGCUGGCUGCCUCCUCACCCAUGAAGUGACUUGUAUUCUGUUGAAGCUGGCUGCCUCCUCACCCAUGAAAUGACUUGUAUUCUGUUGAAGCUGGCUGCCUCCUCACCCAUGAAAUGACUUGUAUUCUGUUGAAGCUGGCUGCCUCCUCACCCAUGAAAUGACUUGUAUUCUGUUGAAGCUGGCUGCCUCCUCACCCAUGAACUGAUUUGUAUUAUGUUGAAGCUGGCUGCCUCCUCACACAUGAAAUUACUUGUAUUCUGUUGAAGCUGGCUGGCUCCUCACCCAUGAAGUUACUUGUAUUUUGUUGAAGCUGGCUGCCUCCUCACCCAUGAAAUGACUUGUAUUUUGUUGAAGCUGGCUGCCUCCUCACCCAUGAAGUGACUUGUAUUCUGUUGAAGCUGGCUGCCUCCUCACCCAUGAGGUGACUUGUAUUCUGUUUUAGCUGGCUGCCUCCUCACCCAUGAAAUGACGUGUAUUCUGUUGAAGCUGGCUGCCUCCUCACCCAUGAAAUGACUUGUAUUCUGUUGUAGCUGGCUGCCUCCUCACCCAUGAAAUGAUGUGUAUUCUGUUGAAGCUGGCUGCCUCCUCACCCAUGAAAUGACUUGUAUUCUGUUGUAGCUGGCUGCCUCCUCACCCAUGAAGUGACUUGUAUUCUGUUGAAGCUGGCUGCCUCCUCACCCAUGAAAUGACUUGUAUUUUGUUGAAGCUGGCUGCCUCCUCACCCAUGAAGUGACUUGUAUUCUGUUGAAGCUGGCUGCCUCCUCACCCAUGAAAUGACUUGUAUUUUGUUGAAGCUGGCUGCCUCCUCACCCAUGAAAUGACUUGUAUUCUGUUGUAGCUGGCUGCCUCCUCACCCAUGAAGUGACUUGUAUUCUGUUGAAGCUGGCUGUCUCCUCACCCAUGAAGUGACUUGUAUUCUGUUGAAGCUGGCUGCCUCCUCACCCAUGAAAUGAUGUGUAUUCUGUUGAAGCUGGCUGCCUCCUCACCCAUGAAAUGACUUGUAUUCUGUUGUAGCUGGCUGCCUCCUCACCCAUGAAGUGACUUGUAUUCUGUUGAAGCUGGCUGCCUCCUCACCCAUGAAAUGACUUGUAUUCUGUUGAAGCUGGCUGCCUCCUCACCCAUGAAAUGACUUGUAUUUUGUUGAAGCUGGCUGCCUCCUCACCCAUGAAGUGACUUGUAUUCUGUUGAAGCUGGCUGCCUCCUCACCCAUGAAAUGACUUGUAUUUUGUUGAAGCUGGCUGCCUCCUCACCCAUGAAAUGAUGUGUAUUCUGUUGUAGCUGGCUGCCUCCUCACCCAUGAAGUGACUUGUAUUCUGUUGAAGCUGGCUGUCUCCUCACCCAUGAAGUGACUUGUAUUCUGUUGAAGCUGGCUGCCUCCUCACCCAUGAAAUGAUGUGUAUUCUGUUGAAGCUGGCUGCCUCCUCACCCAUGAAAUGACUUGUAUUCUGUUGUAGCUGGCUGCCUCCUCACCCAUGAAGUGACUUGUAUUCUGUUGAAGCUGGCUGCCUCCUCACCCAUGAAAUGACUUGUAUUCUGUUGAAGCUGGCUGCCUCCUCACCCAUGAAAUGACUUGUAUUUUGUUGAAGCUGGCUGCCUCCUCACCCAUGAAGUGACUUGUAUUCUGUUGAAGCUGGCUGCCUCCUCACCCAUGAAAUGACUUGUAUUUUGUUGAAGCUGGCUGCCUCCUCACCCAUGAAAUGACUUGUAUUCUGUUGUAGCUGGCUGCCUCCUCACCCAUGAAAUGACUUGUAUUCUGUUGAAGCUGGCUGUCUCCUCACCCAUGAAGUGACUUGUAUUCUGUUGAAGCUGGCUGCCUCCUCACCCAUGAAGUGACUUGUAUUCUGUUGAAGCUGGCUGCCUCCUCACCCAUGAAAUGACUUGUAUUCUGUUGAAGCUGGCUGCCUCCUCACCCAUGAAAUGACUUGUAUUCUGUUGAAGCUGGCUGCCUCCUCACCCAUGAAGUGACUUGUAUUCUGUUGAAGCUGGCUGCCUCCUCACCCAUGAAAUGACUUGUAUUCUGUUGAAGCUGGCUGCCUCCUCACCCAUGAAAUGACUUGUAUUCUGUUGAAGCUGGCUGCCUCCUCACCCAUGAAAUGACUUGUAUUCUGUUGAAGCUGGCUGCCUCCUCACCCAUGAACUGAUUUGUAUUAUGUUGAAGCUGGCUGCCUCCUCACACAUGAAAUUACUUGUAUUCUGUUGAAGCUGGCUGGCUCCUCACCCAUGAAGUUACUUGUAUUUUGUUGAAGCUGGCUGCCUCCUCACCCAUGAAAUGACUUGUAUUUUGUUGAAGCUGGCUGCCUCCUCACCCAUGAAGUGACUUGUAUUCUGUUGAAGCUGGCUGCCUCCUCACCCAUGAGGUGACUUGUAUUCUGUUUUAGCUGGCUGCCUCCUCACCCAUGAAAUGACGUGUAUUCUGUUGAAGCUGGCUGCCUCCUCACCCAUGAAAUGACUUCUAUUCUGUUGUAGCUGGCUGCCUCCUCACCCAUGAAAUGAUGUGUAUUCUGUUGAAGCUGGCUGCCUCCUCACCCAUGAAAUGACUUGUAUUCUGUUGUAGCUGGCUGCCUCCUCACCCAUGAAAUGACUUGUAUUCUGUUGAAGCUGGCUGCCUCCUCACCCAUGAAGUGACUUGUAUUCUGUUGAUGCUCGCUGCCUCCUCACCCAUGAAAUGACUUGUAUUUUGUUGAAGCUGGCUGCCUCCUCACCCAUGAAAUGACUUGUAUUCUGUUGUAGCUGGCUGCCUCCUCACCCAUGAAAUGACUUGUAUUCUGUUGAAGCUGGCUGCCUCCUCACCCAUGAAAUGACUUGUAUUCUGUUGAAGCUGGCUGCCUCCUCACCCAUGAACUGAUUUGUAUUAUGUUGAAGCUGGCUGCCUCCUCACACAUGAAAUGACUUGUAUUCUGUUGAAGCUGGCUGGCUCCUCACUCAUGAAAUUACUUGUAUUUUGUUCAAGCUGGCUGCCUCCUCACCCAUGAAAUGACUUGUAUUUUGUUGAAGCUGGCUGCCUCCUCACCCAUGAAGUGACUUGUAUUCUGUUGAAGCUGGCUGCCUCCUCACCCAUGAAGUGACUUGUAUUCUGUUUUAGCUGGCUGCCUCCUCACCCAUGAAAUGACGUGUAUUCUGUUGAAGCUGGCUGCCUCCUCACCCAUGAAAUGACUUGUAUUCUGUUGUAGCUGGCUGCCUCCUCACCCAUGAAGUUACUUGUAUUCUGUUGAAGCUGGCUGCCUCCUCACCCAUGAGGUGACUUGUAUUCUGUUGAAGCUGAACUAGAGAAAGAAGUAGAAACCUGCUUGGCUCCAUAUCCAGUCCUCUUUCCUCCCUAAUCACUUCCAAUGGGACUCUACUCUGCCUGUCUGUUAGCUAACCACGACUGUAGUCUGCACACUGUCGCUGACUUAGCAAAAGUGGACUGUAUGACUUUAACCGCCACAUUCUCUGUGUGUAAUAUUAGUGAUUAAUAGUAGUGUGUAAUAUUAAUGUGUAAUAUUAGUGUGUAAUAGUAGUGAGUAAUAGUAGUGUGUAAUAUUAGUGUGUAAUAUUAGUGAGUAAUAGUAGUGUGUAAUAUUAGUGAGUAAUAGUAGUGUGUAAUAUUAGUGAGUAAUACUAGUGAGUAAUAGUAGUGUGUAAUAGUAGUGUGUAAUAGUAGUGUGUAAUAUUAGUGUGUAAUAUUAGUGUGUAAUAUUAGUGAGUAAUAUUAGUGAGUAAUACUAGUGAGUAAUAGUAGUGAGUAAUAGUAGUGUGUAAUAUUAGUGAGUAAUAGUAGUGUGUAAUAUUAGUGAGUAAUAUUAGUGAGUAAUACUAGUGAGUAAUAGUAGUGAGUAAUAUUAGUGAGUAAUAGUAGUGAGUAAUAGUAGUGUGUAAUAUUAGUGAGUAAUACUAGUGAGUAAUAGUAGUGAGUAAUAGUAGUGUGUAAUAGUAGUGUGUAAUAUUAGUGUGUAAUAUUAGUGAGUAAUAUUAGUGAGUAAUACUAGUGAGUAAUAGUAGUGAGUAAUAUUAGUGAGUAAUAGUAGUGAGUAAUAUUAGUGAGUAAUAUUAGUGAGUAAUAUUAGUGAGUAAUACUAGUGAGUAAUAGUAGUGAGUAAUAGUAGUGUGUAAUAUUAGUGAGUAAUAGUAGUGAGUAAUAUUAGUGAGUAAUAUUAGUGAGAGCGUACUGGAUGAGGAAUUUAUAGAUGUAUGACAGAAGUCAAACAUCUCCCAACACUAGACUAGUUGGUUUUAGAAGAGUGAUGUGAAUUAAUUUAUAUUGCUUCUGUGUGACCAGACUGGCUGUUGACUUGAAUGUUUUGAGCCGCUAGAUAUUCAGUUAUAAAGGUCAAAGGAAAUAGAAGAGAGCGUUAGGGCUGUGAGCAACCUUCAGCUGACAUAUCCCCCUCCUUCCGUUAGCUCACACAUGUCAAACUCAUUCCACGGAGGGCCGGGUGUCUGCAGGUUUUCGCUCCACCCUUGUACUUGAUUGAUGAAUUAAGGUCACUAAUUAGUAAGGAACUCCCCUCACCUGGUUGUCUAGGUCUUAUUGAAAGGAAAAACCAACCACCAGCAGACACUCGGCCCUCCGUGGAAUGAGCUUGACCCCCUGCUCUACAUGUUCCUCUCUCUCCCCUGUAAAGGCCACAUGUGAUGUUGGAUCUGAGAGAGACAGAGAAAUAGAAAGAGAGAGGGAGGGGGCGAGUUUUUUUCUUUUUCUUUGAUGCGUGCUGAUUUACUAACCGGUUUCCGCUGAAUGCAUUUUUACUGUUGCCAUGCCAACAGAUGGACGGACCAGAAUGCUUUGUGGUGUGGUGUUGUUGAGGGCCAGGCAGGAGUCAGGACAUGGUACUCUAGUAAUGCAGUGUAGUGGCCAGAUAUCAGCCUAGUAUUGUAUGGUAUUGAUAUAUCAGCCUUUAACUAACUAAUUGUUCCUUAUCUAUCUAUAUACAGUGAGUGAAAAAAGUAUUUGAUCCCCUGCUGAUUUUGUACAUUUGCCCACUGACAAAGAAAUUAUCUGUCUAUAAUUUUAAUGGUAGGUUUAUUUGAACAGUGAGAGACAGAAUAACAACAAAAAAAUCCAGAAAAACACAUGCCAAAAAAGUUAUCAAUUGAUUUGCAUUUUAAUGAGGGAAAUAAGUAUUUGACCCCCUCUCAAUCAGAAAGAUUUCUGGCUCCCAGGUGUCUUUUAUACAGGUAACGAGCUGAGAUUAGGAGCACACUCUUAAAGGGAGUUUCUCAAACUAGACACGCUAAUGUAUUUGUCCUCUUGCUCAGUUGUGCACCGGGGCCUCCCACUCCUCUUUCUAUUCUGGUUAGAGCCAGUUUGCGCUGUUCUGUGAAGGGAGUAGUACACAGCAUUGUACGAGAUCUUCAACUGAUGGUUGCUGAUAAUGGGCCUCUGUACGCCUAUGUAGAUAUUCCAUUAAAAAUCUGCCGUUUCCAGCUACAAUAGCCAUUUACAACAUUAACAAUAUCUACACUGUAUUUCUGAUCAAUUUGAUGUUAUUUUAAUAGACAAAAAAAAAAAAAAUAUUUCGAAAACAAGCUUGUAGAGACAUACCCCCAAGAGACUUGCAGCAGUAAUUGCUGCAAAAGGUGGCUCUACAAACUAUUGACUUUGGGGAUGUUAAUAGUUAUGCAAAAGUGGAUUUUCCCAAGGUUGCUGUUGACGCAUAUCCCACGGUAGUUAUCGGGGUCAAAUUUGUUUCCACUUUUGUGGAUUGGGGUGAUCAGUCCUUGGUUCCAAAUAUUGGGGGAAAUGCCAGAGCUAAGGAUGAUGUUAAAGAGUUUAAGUAUAGCUAUUUGGAAUUCGUGGUCUGUAUAUUUUAUCAUUUCAUUUUAGGAUACCAUCAACACCACAGGCCUUUUUGGGUUGGAGGGUUUGCAUUUUGUCCUGUAGUUCAUUCAAUGUAAUUGGAGAAUCCAGUGGGUUCUGGUAGUCUUUAGUAGUUGAUUCUAAGAUUUGUAUUUGAUCAUUUAUAUGUUUUUGCUGUUUAUUCUUUGUUAUAGGGCCAAAAAGAUUGGAGAAGUGGUUUAUCCAUACAUCUCCGUUUUGGAUAGAUAACUCUUCUCUCCUCUCUUCUUUCCUCUUCUCUCUCUUUCUCUCUCUCUUUCUCUCUUCUCCUCUCUCUCUUCUCCUCUCUCUCUCCUCUCUCUCUCUCUCAUCUCAUCUCGUCUCCUCUCUCUCUCUCUCUCUCUCUUCUCCUCUCUCUCUCUCUCUCUCUCUCUCUCUCUCUAUAGUCCUGAUGGGAGCUACCUGGCAGCAGGAUCAGCAGACGGAGCCGUCUAUAUCUGGAACGUCAACUCUGGCAACCUGGAGACACGUCUACCGGACGUGCACAGGUAAGACAACUGGACUAGACUGGACUGGACUGGACGGUCCACAGUCUGCCUGUCUGUCCUCUGAACCCCACCCAGCCUCUGAGGACCUUAGCUUUUAGCAGCUAUCCUCAGCCCUACUGGGCUCUGGCCAACACAGCAUCAAUUAGGUUUAUGACACUUCCUCUUUGCAGUGUGUUGUAGAGGCUAUUAGUGGACUAGAGAAUGUUACAGGCUAUUAGAUAGUGUUUACAUUAGCAGAAGGGGAGAGAGCAGGGUUCUGUCAGCAGAAGGGGAGAGAGCAGGGUUCUGUCCGCAGGAGGAGAGAGCAUGGUUCUGUCCGCAGGAGGAGAGAGCAUGGUUCUGUCAGCAGGAAGGCAGAGCAGGGUUCUGUCCGCAGGAGGGGAGAGCAGGGUUCUGUCAGCAGGAGGGCAGAGCAGGGUUCUGUCAGCAGGAGGGCAGAGCAGGGUUCUGUCAGCAGGAGGGCAGAGCAGGGUUCUGUCAGCAGGAGGGCAGAGCAGGGUUCUGUCAGCAGGAGGGCAGAGCAGGGUUCUGUCAGCAGGAGGGGAGAGUAGGGUUCCGUCAGCAGGAGGGCAGAGCAGGGUUCUGUCAGCAGGAGGGCAGAGCAGGGUUCUGUCAGCAGGAGGGGCAGGGUUCUGUCAGCGGGAGGGCAGAGCAGGGUUCUGUCAGCGGGAGGGCAGAGCAGGGUUCUGUCAGCGGGAGGGCAGAGCAGGGUUCUGUCUGCAGGAGGGCAGAGCAGGGUUCUGUCCGCAGGAGGGUAGAGCAUGGUUCUGUCAGCAGGAGGGGAGAGCAGGGUUCUGUCAGCAGGAGGGCAGAGCAGGGUUCUGUCAGCAGGAGGGGAGAGUAGGGCAGAGCAUGUACUGAACGUUGGCCGUGUCCAUGGUGUCUGUGGAGCUGCCUGAACGUUGGCCGUGUCCAUGGUGUCUGUGGAGCUGCCUGAAUGUUGGCCGUGUCUGUUCUUAGUGUUGUUUGUGGCUCUGCUCUGUUUGGUUCCCAGUGAAUCCAACAGUCCAUCUGCUCUGUUUGGUUCCCAGUGAAUCCAACAGUCCAUCUGCUCUGUUUGGUUCCCAGUGAAUCCAACAGUCCAUCUGCUCUGUUUGGUUCCCAGUGAAUCCAACAGUCCAUCUGCUCUGUCACUUCUAGAAAAACACUGAGUGAGUCAAAGCUGUUCCACUGUCUGUCUGGUGGACGGAUGGAUGCACAUUGAAGUGAUUGAGAUUUAGGCGACGUCCAGAGCCCUAUGGCACCCUCCUCCCAAUGCCGUGCACUACUUUUGGCCAGAGCCCUAUGAUGGCGGCAGGUAGCUUAGUGGUUAAGAGCGUAGUGCCAGUAACCGAAAGGUCGCUGGUUCUAAUCCCCAAGCCGACUAGGUGGAAAAAUCUGUCGAUGUGCCCUUGAGCAAGGCACUUAACCCUAAUUUGCUCCUGUAAGUCGCUCUGGAUAAGAGCCUCUGCUAAAUUACUUUAAAAUAAAAUAAAUGUUUUGGCUAAGAAGAAUAGGUUGUCAUUUCAGAUCAGCCAUUAUUGACUGUCCUCCUUCUCCUCGGCAGUUCCUCCAUCAACGCCGUGGCCUGGUCCGGGUCCGGGGAGUACGUGGUCAGUGUGGACAAGAGCCGGCGUGCCGUCCUCUGGAGCGACAUUUAAACAGUCUGGUCGACUGGCCAGCCUCAGACCCAUUUGAACAUCAGUCUGGGGUUAGGGUUAGACUGGCCAUCUGAACAUUGGCUGAGAGAACACAGAACACAGAACACAGAACACAUUGGAUGUUUGUCUCCCUCCUGCUACCAGUCUGACAGAACGGAUGGGGAUUGGUAUCCAACUGUUGCCUGGCUGCCGAUCCACAUCAUUCAGGCCAAACGCCACGCCCACUAACGUUUCUCCUCCACCAUGAGGCUGGAUUGGCUUCCUCCCCGAAGACUUCUCGAAUGCCAACAGAUUCAAACUGUUCUGAUUGGUCCCAGAACCCAAUGGGUUGGACCAGAGCCCACAUGAUUCAUGAAUUAUGUAAUUUUGAUGUCAGCACAAACGACUUCUAGGAUGGCAGGUUCAGA